GCCCUCUCCCCUCAUCCCCCAGAGGCUUCCUCGAUUGCUGGAUACCCAAGUUUUCUUACUGUAUACACUCUUCCUGCCGAGAAUCAUGAACGUCAAAGUCGUCGAACGCACCAAGGUCGUUUUGGAUAGGGUACCUGCUCCCUCGCAGAGCGCGAGUCAAGCAGGUUCGACAGCCGGACCCAGCAGCUCCCAGAGCCAACCGCGCGCAGAGAAUGCACAGACCUCGGACCCUCUUCAAAUUGCUGCACAAAUAUAUCCAUGGCUUUAUAUGACAUCGACGUUGGAGAAGGCAUUCGGCGACAGCGAACGGGCGGCGGAAGCAGAGAUAGAGGCUUUCGCGAGGGACCUUGCGCAGGAUGAGGAAGAGAUACGCGAUGAGAAGGUGCGGUGGGAGAGCGAGCGUUUCGUCGAGUUCUGUGAUUCGCUAUCGUCGACACCGAAGGGACACCUACACGUUCUACAAGAUCUGCCCGAGAUCAUACAGUCUUAUCUGAGACAUGGCAAGGAGGCCGAUACCUGGGAGAGGAAGGCGCUGGACAUGGCCAUGAGCCAGAUCGGUACAGGUCCAGCCGCAGGAAAUACGCGGGAAGGAGAGAACGAAGCCGCAGAGGAUGGACAAGCCGAAGAAGAACGCUUGGAGGGCGCGUAUCAGCAGCAGUUGACGGACCUCCAAGAUGCCAUAGAUCGCAUCGAAGGUCUAGUCGAAGACGCAGGUGCUCUCGAAGGCCGGAUACAAGGAGUCAUCGAUGCUGUCGCACCCCCGCCUCCUGCCGUCGCCCCGCCAUCCCCGCCCUCGAGCGUCAAAUCACUCGACGACGAUACACCUACCGCUGCAGACCCAACCUCCCAUCCAUUAUUGACCCCGCUGCAGCAACUCUUGCCACUGUUAUCUUUGCGGAGCGACAACCUCAAGCUCGCGCUGGAGUUGGUAGAUGGCGCGAGAGAGGGGGCAGCAAUGAACUUGCGGGCGAUCAGCUUGGGCCUGUAUUGAAUUCCCAAGUGAUCCCUUUGUGACCUUCGAUGCUAUACACAGUACCUCGAGUAGCCAUCU